AUGGCCUGGCUCCCGGGGCCCUUCCUCUGCGGGGCCCUGCUGGGCUGGGUCUGCUUGAGUGGACAGAGGAGGCCGGCGGGCCAGCAGACAAGUUGGGCCUCUCGGGAGGGUUUAACCACCACCCGACUUUUGUUUUCCUUUCCCCGACAAGCACACCCUCAGACCAGGCCCAGUCUUGGCCCUUUCAGGUCCUUUCACCCAAAAAAGCCGGUGGUGUGUGGGCUCCUCCCUCCUGGAAACCUCAGGUUUCAGGAAGGGAGGGAUGGAGCGGAGGGAGCUGAGCCCCAGGGAAGAAGGGCACCCCGGCCGGGUCACCUGAGUGCUUCUCCCGCCGGCCUCUCGGCCACUCCAGCCCCCGGGCUGGCCGUGGAGGUGAAGGUGCCCACCGAGCCCCUGAGCGCGCCGGUGGGCAAGACCGCCGAGCUGACGUGCAGCUACAGCACAUCGGUGGGAGACAACUUCGCCCUGGAGUGGAGCUUCGUGCAGCCUGGGAGGCCCGUCUCCUCGUCCCAACCCAUCCUGUACUUCACCAAUGGCCAGCUGUAUCCAACUGGUUCUAAGGCAGAGAGGGCCAGCCUGCUUCAGAACCCCCCCACAGGCGGAGUGGCCACCCUGAAACUGACUGAUGUCCACCCCUCGGACACUGGAACCUACCUCUGCCAUGUUAACAACCCGCCAGAUUUCUACACCAAUGGGUUGGGGUUAAUCAACCUUACUGUGCUGGUGCCCCCCAAUAGCCCCUCGUGCAGUCAGAGUGGUCAAACCUCCGUGGGGGGCUCUGCUGCAUUGAGAUGCAGCUCUUCCGAGGGAGCCCCCAGGCCAGUGUACAACUGGAUCCGCCUUGGAUCUUCUCCUACACCACCUCCUGGCAGCAUGGUGCAAGAUGAGGUGUCUGGCCGUCUCAUUCUCACCAAUCUCUCCCUGGUUUCCUCGGGCACCUACCGCUGUGUGGCCACCAACCAGAUGGGCAGUGCAUCCUGUGAGCUGACCCUCUCUGUGACCGACCCUUCCAAAGGCCGAGUGGCCGGGGCUGUGAUCGGGGUGCUGCUGGGCGUGCUCUUCCUGUCAGUUGCUGUGUUCUGCCUGAUAAGGUUCCAGAAAGACAGGAGGAAGAAGCCCAAGGAGACAUACAGGGGUAGUGACCUACGGGAGGAUGCCACCGCACCUGGGAUUUAUGAGCAAACUUCUGUGAGGGCCGAUUCUAACAAUGGGCUCCUGGAGAGGCCCCCGUCUGCCAGCACUGUGACGACCGCCAAGUCUAAGCUCCCUAUGGUUGUCUGAUUUCUCUCCCGAUCCCUGAGGGGGAAUAUCAAGAAUUAAAGCCUUUGGGUAC